AGGGUUGGCGGCAAUUUGUGGUUUUGUAGUUUCUAUGCAAUUUAAAUCGCUCUAUUCAGUCAAGGAGUGAGAAAAAGUAAAGAAGAAGAAGAUGAUGAUGGGGCAGAAAGAGGAGUAUCAACAUCACCCAGCAGUAGACAAUCUACUCACUCUCUUCACUAAAGCUCACCACGAUCUCUCACUACUUCACUUCAAACUCGACAAAGAAUUCCAACAAAUUUACCCAGAUAAUGCAAAUCCUAUGAAACUUGUGGGUCGAAUUAAGAAAGUUCAGGAUGAACUCUCUUCUCUCAAAGAUCAGUGUCGCCAGCUUCUCAUUGCUAAGCAGGACUUAAUUGAUAAGGCGAGUUCCAUUCUUGUUGGCAAUAGGAGCAUGGUGCAGCGUAUGCAAGCUUCUGUUGGCAUUCCGGUGACUAGUGAUUCUGAAGAUGCUGCCUUUACCAGCUUUAAUCAGAUUAUCGAGGAAUGGACAACUCAUGUUAGAUCAAGAACAGGAUAUGAAGAGGACAACGCCGUGCCAGAAAAUAUUAACGAUUUGCUGUUUGCGUCAAUUGUUAGAAGCAAUUAAUGGUCCUUUUUCUGCUUAUUGCUCGAUAUGGUGGCAAAAGAACGAAGAGGUCCACAUGCCUAGUGACACAAAUGCACCACUUGUACAAAUUACAAACACCUUGUUUCUUCUCAGGAAUUUGAAUCCUCUAACCUCGAUGCAACUAGUGAUUUGAGUUUGAUUCAAAUUGUAAGCAGACUGAAUGCAUCAUAGUGUUCAGGGCUGGGAAAAUAUGUCUGUAGCUGUAUGACCUGUAUCAAUAUUAAUAAUCUUUUGUUCUACUGGUGUUCAUACUCCCAAAAAUUCUGGCUGUGUCUUCAUAUGUUGAUUACCGCUUCAGGUUAUUUGUACGUCUGAGAAACGUCUUUUGGUGCAAUUUUAAGAGCUGCAGUUCCUUACUGUAUUUUUAUA